AUGUUUUGUUACGCUUCUCUUUUUAUUUCUCUCUUCUUAUUUCAUUCUCCGUCUUCUUUUCGCCAAGAAUUGUCGUUCCUGCACCAGCACCAUUUCAAAAAUUUUCAGCAACAAUCCCAUACCAUGUCUGAAUUAUCCCACCCCUCAAUCAAAGACGGCUGGUUCGCCGAAGUCUCCGACACCAUGUGGCCCGGCCAGGCCAUGUCGUUGAAAGUGGAAAAGGUGUUGCACGUUGAAAAAUCAAAGUACCAGGAUGUUUUGGUUUUCAAGUCCACCAACUACGGCAAUGUGUUGGUUUUGGACAAUUGUAUCCAGGUGACCGAAAGAGACGAGUUUUCGUACCAGGAGAUGAUUACUCACUUGGCGCUCAACUCCCACCCAAACCCAAAGAAGGCGUUGGUUAUCGGUGGUGGAGAUGGAGGUGUGUUGCGGGAGAUCUUGAAGCACUCUUCAAUUGAAGAAGCUUGGCUUUGUGACAUUGACGAGACAGUUAUUGAGGUUUCGAAAAAGUACUUGCCGGAAAUGUCCAAGUCGUACCAGGACCCAAGAACCAAGGUCCAUAUUGGUGACGGAUUCAAGUUUUUGGAAGAAUACAAAAACCAGUUUGAUGUCAUCAUUACCGAUUCGUCGGACCCAGAAGGACCAGCCGAGUCUUUGUUCCAGAAACCCUACUUUGAGUUGUUGAACGGUGCUUUAACCGAAAAAGGUGUUAUCACCACCCAAGCUGAGAACAUCUGGCUCCACAUGGACAUCAUUUCCAAGUUGAAGAAAGACUGUAAGGACAUCUUUCCAGUGGCUGAAUACGGCUACACCAUGAUCCCAACCUACCCCUCGGGCUCAAUUGGCUUCAUGGUGUGUUCUAAGGACAAAAAUGCCGUCGUGACCAAGCCAGCAAGGUUCGAAUGGUCCGAUGACUUCGUCAAGAAAAACUUGAAGUAUUAUAACAAAAAGAUCCACGAAGCUGCUUUCGUGCUACCAACUUGGGCUGACAAUGUAUUGAACCAGGACUGA